AUGGCAGAUGCUGGAUUCUAUACUCGAGCUCAAGAACUACUCACUGCUGCGUUGAACAAGUCGCCGAAACCUCCGAUCAUUGUGGGUGACAUCACGGUCACGGAACUGAAUUUGGGAUCUAUACCACCAGACCUUGAAAUUCUUGAGAUAGGGGAUCUAGCAGACGACCGCUUUCGCGGAAUAUUUAAGAUGUCCUACUCCGGAGACGCAUACCUCACUCUAAAAACCUGCGUGCAGGCCAAUCCUCUAAAUACUUACAUGGUGACACGACCAGCGUUCACCUCCCCAUGUCCCCUUGCAGCAGACCACGGGCUUACUAUUCCACUACAAAUAACUUUGUCGGAUAUCAAACUUUCUGGCUUUGUGGUUCUAGUCUUUUCUAAACAAAAAGGAAUCACUCUAGUCUUUCGAAAUGACCCUCUUGAGUCAUUAAAGGUGUCAUCAACGUUCGAUUCCAUCCCAUUUGUUCGAGACUAUUUACAACGGACCAUUGAGGGCCAGCUUCGUUUGUUAUUUAUGGAUGAACUCCCUGCUAUUAUCCACCGACUAUCCCUUCGACUAUGGGUGCCAGAGCUUCGUGGGCAGGAUGUUGAACCGCAGGCUGAUGAAGAGGCCGGCCCAGGCCAGGACCCUUUACUCAGUCCUCCCCAGGAUCCCGUUGAUGCAUCAGGAAAUGUCUUGAGCGUUGCCCAGAUAGCAUCCCUUUCUCUGGACUCUGGAGUUGAAAUGCACUCUCUAUUCUCUCAAAGAAACCUAGUGCGACUCGCCACUCUGACAGACUCCCAGCGAACGCUUUCACUAUUCACGCCAACAAUACACGAUGUCGUUUUCAGAGCCCUUACCGGAGCUAUAGAACAAUCGGAGUACCACGGAGGUCUGAUAUCGCCCGCUAGUCCUCCACUCUCUAGGAUUCACUCUCAUGCUGCGUCUCUCCAUUCCCUACAGGAAUCGUCAAUGAGCAAAGCAUCUCUGGGCUCCCCACUGAGUGGAUACAGUCUUACGACGGGCGCUGGCCGCCAUCCAAGAGCACGCCCUUCAAGAAAACAUAAGCGGCGUGUUGUGGACUUACGAAAGUCCAAAAAGCCCGAUGACAAUUCCAGUACAUGCACUGAGAGCGAAUAUACCGUCUCUACCGACACAUCAACUGUUUUUUCAUCUUCUGCGAGAGCUGGAGAGAAACCCGAUGACCCUGUUACCCCGCCGAUCUCCCCUGAUGCUACUAUAAAAGUAAAGGAUCGUGCUCGGGUACCGGCCAUGCAAAGUCUUGGCCCAUCGGUCAUCACAAACGCUGUCCAGACUCCCCCUUCAGCCGAAGAUGAAAAGAAGGCCCUUAGCAAUGGGGAACCUCCACAUAUUCCUCGUCAAAAUACUCCAACUCUAGAGGCCCAUCAGCAAGCUGGUGACAACGGAACUUCUCUGAAUGGGAUCCCACCUAGCAUGCUGUCAUUUGUGGCCGCGAGUCAGGACCGAGGUAUCUUGGAACAGGCUUGGAUGAUGAAGUUAGCAAAUGAAAUUAGCCGCAGAAUCCAAGAAGGCAAAGGCCCUGGUAGCCUGGGCGCUGCCAGCAGCUACUGUGGGCACCAAACCCGAGAUCCAUCGCCACCUCCCGCAUAUGGACAGUGA